AUGCGUGGUCUUGCUGGCGCGCGCAUCGCAUCGCAUCUUCCCACAUUCCGUCCAACACCACGACCAGCAGAUACCUCAAGAGCCGUAUUACUAAUAACACUCACCGUAGACCCACACCCGCUUCUUGCCCAAGUGCCCCUAACACUCUCCCCCUUUCUCUCUCUCCCCACAUCGGUCCCCCUACCAUACUCCUACGUAACCCUACCCUCCACCCUUCCUCCCUCGAUCCUCUCCCAACAACAAUCCGACAACUCCUCAAAACCCGCAUACGUCACCUCGUCAACAGGCACCACAGCGCACCCAGACCAGAUUCUCAGUUCAUGUAGAGCACUACAAGAGCACCUGUCUAAGCUGGAAGCAGACGCGAGGAAGACGUUGGCGGACUGGGAGGAGAGGAGGCGGAAAGAGGAUCUUGCAGAGAAGAGGAGGGUUGCGCCGGGUUGGUUGGAUAGCGGUGUGCAUAUACUGAAGCCAGAGGAAGGUGACGGAGGGACGAAGAAGGAGGACAAGGUGCCAGAGCAGAAUCUCAUGGACUUGGAUCCACAGGCGGAGAGCAAGGCCAAGGAAGGCGAGGAACUGGAUAGGGUGUUUGGCGGGCUUCAAGUUUAA